AUGGUGAACAAGGCGGUGCAGGUGGGCAGAUGCGGUCUCAAAGUCCAGUCCAAAGCUCGUCCCCGAAGGCCAGAUACAAAUGCUACAGACAACCCGGAGGAGACUCCUGCUCCUGGUCCAAAGGACACUCGUGCCAAACAUGAUGAUCUUCGCCGUCAAGCCGCUGAUGCAGUGCUGACUUCAGCCCCCUGGAAAAGACGCCAAAAGGCCAGAGCAGGUGCCCGCGAGCCUGCCAAGGAUGGUGUUUCCGAGGGAUCUGCUCGAACGACCACAACCUCAGCAAACCCUGUGGCCAGUAUGACUCCUCUUCCGACUACGACAACCUCGCGCCAGGAUGAAGCCACUGGGAAGAAUGCUGCAGCAUCGAGUACUCCGAGCAAGCCCCCGAGCAAGGUCCCAUACACAGCUGCUGGUGCCGACCCACAGGAGGAAAUCAUGGAGCUCCGCUUCGAUCAACUUCAGGAGAUGCAAAGAUCCGCAGCCAGCAGGAGACACAGUGUUAUACAGCGUGCACGCAUACAGCAGCAGCAGAAUGCAUCUUCGAGUACAGAUGUUGCGGAUGCUUCGCUAUCACAUGCACCUACGACGGUCUCAAAUGCCUCCUCUGCAUAUAUGAAAAAGCGUCCACCGUAUGCAGCCCUCAGCUGUCUCGCAUGCUUUAUUCUGUGCGGCUACAUUGCACCUGUGACAGGUCUGUACAUGGUCCUCCUUAUGUAUUGGUGGACCUUUGCUGGCAUCGUGCCAGCCCGGUCAGCUCCCCUGGCAAUCGUUGCUCGAUGUCUGCGUGGUGCCUACAAAAUGCAGUGUCCUCUUAUCCACAUCUUUCUGUCAGGUCCGGUGAUCUUAUGGAUGGUUAUAUACCUGCUGCAAGAGUUCUGGUCUCAGAUUCACUCCUGCCUUGCAGAGACUUGUUCGCGAAGCUACACCGACAACGCAAAGAACAAGGCUCGGUAUGCCCGGCCUCGCACUGCUGUGCCAAACCUGCCAUCCUGGCCACUUCAGCAGCCCGCACAAUCUGUUACUCCCAUUCAGUCCAGUGAUGUUGGCGUGGUUACUCUUAAUGUUGGCGGCUUGAGCAAGGAAGGAUAUGACGAAUUGGCACAAUGGUUGAAUCAACCAUCUACACUUCGCAAUGUUCAGAUUGUAUUCUUGCAGGAGACCUGGAGAAGUGCAUCUGAAUUCUCCACGCAGCAUUGGCACUGGAUCCUGUCAGGUGCCGGUCAAACUGCCAAGGCCAAUAAUGGCAGUGGUGUAGCUGUACUGAUCAACAACAAGCUUGCCUCAUCGUCACACAUUCGCUACCAAGAAUGGCUCCCAGGCCGUCUCCUCGAGGUUCGCAUUACGGAGGACCAGCCAGUGGAUGCAAUUAUGCACCCUAUGCACAUUGAUGCCAUCCUGCGACACGGAUCCAAGGACCUCUUCCCGGGCACACACCUCGGCUCUCGUCCGCACGUGCGCAGCUUCGCCGACAUACCCUUGGGCCUCCACUUCGUGUUGCCUUUCAUCUAUGGCGUGCUCAUUGGCGUGCGGCAAGGCUGUAUGCUUGCCCCAUGUUUGUGGCUAUUGUUCGUAACAUACCUCUUCCAUCACCUGGACACGACAAUGGGAGGAGCUGCUUCAUGGACAUGCCAGCACUCCACUGCCUUCGCCGAUGAUCUUCACUUCAAGUGGGAUCUUGACGAUCCCAAAGCCCUGGAUCGGAUGAAGAUGGAGGUCGCCACGGUACUCUCAGUGCUCAAAUCCUUUGGUCUUCAGAUCAGCGCAGAAAAAUCCACCAUGUUGAUCGAGAUUCGAGGAACAGCAGCUGAUGUUUGGUUGUCCAAGAACGUCUACAAAGAUGAUGAGAACAACAAACACUUUCGUUAUGACACGUUUGCCAAGCUCUCUAUCCCGCUUGGUACCCAAUUCAAGCUGCCAUACACCAUUCCCGUCUUCGUCGCAUUCUGCAAGGACGCGGGGGCAUCAGCCGGCAUCAACGACUUCGACUCUGGAAAAGCCCACAAGAUCUUGGCACCGAAACGGGAGCUGCCCCAGGAUCGCUCCGUCUACUCCAUCAACGGACUUCCGCAAUGCCGUUUUUGUGGCUACAAAUUCACGAAAUGGAGUGGCCUCCAAAGACACAUACAGCGGAACGGCUGCCCGAUUCUUCGCCAUGAAGAUCCCGCCACCUUUGCCGCAACCGCGCCCGCGACUACAAACAAGGCUGAAGAUCCUCUUCGUACUACACAACAUGCAUGGGUGGCCGACUCGACCAUUGCCACUACCAUGCCUUCAACUGGAGAUCAACCUCUGGUCCAAGACGCGCAGCUACAGCAGGAUGCCAGCAAGUACACGUGGACCAAGGUGCUUCACAUGUGGCGUACAAAACAUGACUUCAAGAAUGUGUGUGUGUUCUGUGGUCAAUGGGCAGUGGAUGCCAGUGCUCUCAAACAGCAUUAUGCCAAGCAGCAUCAGGCAUUAACCAAUCCGUGGAUCGCAGCAUAUCGGGCCGAGUGUAAGCAGCUAGCUAAAGUUGCCGUCGAAAUGGAGGACAUGCCGGACUUCGAUGCCGACAGCCAGAUCCAGAGCCUCCUCGGGGGCCUCUCCUCAGUCGUGGAUCUCAAACCACUUCUGAAUCCAACGCCAACACCGGCGCGCAAUCAGUCCCAUCUGACCAACAAGCGUCCGAGGGCGGAACAGUGGACUCGAGGCACCGGGAGCAAGGGCGGCGGCAAGGGCAAAGGAGUGGCCUCCAACGGUACUUUAUCACAGGAGGAUCUUCAACAGCUCCUCAGGCAGAUCGUCGUCCUUCUCCUACGCCAAGGCGACCAACUCAAUCGGCUACAGACGGAUACCGGAUACUAUUUGGUCUUUCAAGUCCCGGGCGACGCCACCAUGGUACCAGUUCUGAUUGCGGGAGCGCUCGAAUGGCGCAAUCAGAAGAAGGCCGACCCGACCAAGCUCACCAUGUCUCUCCGCAUAGCCCUCAUCGGACUCUUCCUCAAGGAGCUUCAGAUGCGUCUGGGAAAGAUCCGGGCCAACGACCAACUUCAGGAGAAGCUCAAGGAGCAAGGCCUGAUGACGGACGAAGGUGCUUGGACAUAUCGCCAAUGGUGUCCAAAGAACAAAGCACUUCAGCUACAGCUCAGCAGGGAUCCGAUCAAGUGGGACGUCCUGAUGACACACAUCACGAAUGCUCUCCAAGGACUGAACAAUCAGGACCACAUCACACGUUUUCAGGCGACCAAAGCCUUGGAAGAAGGACAGAUGGGUCCCACCCUUCCAUUCCUUCUGGACAUCUCGCUCAAGCCGAGUGCGUGCCGUCUACACCAGAGCAUGAGGGCAUUGGUGGACUGCUCGGCCAUGGAAGCAGUCGGCGCACGUAUUCGACCCCAACGAGCCAAGCGAUCUCAGCUCCAGGAUCAGCUCCAGGAGUGGCUGCGAGGCAGGUUCUAUCAUGCUCUAUUUCAGAUCUUGUGUUUUAUCUGCCAGCACGGUCUCAAAUUGCUGUGUCUGCCUGAUCACACGGCUUUUCAGGCAUUGAUUCAGGAAUGGCCACAUUUUGACCGACAGCAGGAUGUGGCAGAGUUUGCGCAACAUGUCCUCGAUCGUACAUGGCCGGUUCAGAAUGUGCUUCCAAUGAGUACUUGGCAGUCUCGUGACGAAUCAGGAUUCUCAACCGAUGAAGGUCAGCACCUCAUUAUGCUUCCGAUGCCCUCUCGCGGUUCAAACUCUGAGAUUCAGCUGUCAGGGCUGAUACAAGCCUGGGCUCAGCAGUCUCCUGCACCAGGGCUGUGGCCACUGCCUCGGUUUGUGUGCCUGCAGCUUCUUCGCUUUUACACGGUUGGUGCCAGAGUUCGCAAAGACCAAAGAGCAGUAACGAUUCCGCUUCAGGUACGCUUACCAGUAUUUCAAACCGAGAUUGGACCGCGACCAGCUUGGCGUAUGUAUAGACUCCGAGCCCUCAUUGGGCAUCACGGCUCCACUCCGCGCUCAGGUCACUACAGAACGCUGCUGAUUCACUGGGAGUCCACCCAGGAAGAUCCCCAGUUGUAUUACACAGAUGAUUCCUGUAUGGCGCGUCGCCCCACAAAUGCACAACUCCGUGUGUUGAUGACUGAAGUCUACUUGGUCUUCCUGGAGUGCGUGGGGUAUGUCAGCUCACUGUAA